CUGAUUUCUGCCAAUCAUGAAGCAUGGCAGAGAAAGCAACCUCGAACAAGGAGCAUCCUCUUGCGGGGGUGGUCCUCUGCUUUACCUCCAUCUUACCAGAACAGCGGGUAUGCUAAACACCCUCUGAUGCUUGUACCUCUUACUAUAAUUCUUCAACCAAUCUAGCACAGUACUGAUUGCUAUGCGUCGCGUCUAGUCUGAACUCGCUAUCGUCGCAAGUCAGAUGGGAGCAACCCACAAAUUUGACCUUACCUCGGACGUCACGCAUCUGCUUAUCGGCGAAGUCAAUACUCCGAAGUACAAGUUCGUCGCGCGCGAGCGUACCGACAUAACAGUCCUGAAACCGGAAUGGGUUGAAGCUGUUCGCCAGUCAUGGAUGCAGGGAGGCGAUACAGACAUUCGGGCUCUGGAAGAAAAGUACAGAUUCCCGACGUUUGCUGGGCUAUCUAUCUGUAUAACGGGCUUUGAGGAUAUGUCGCUGCGAAAUCGUAUCCAGGAUACCGUCACUGCCCACGGAGCCGAGUUCCGAAAAGACCUCACCAAGAACGUCACUCAUCUUAUUGCCAGGAACACGGAGGGUGAGAAGUAUAAAUUCGCAACGCAGUGGGGUAUCAGAAUUGUCACGGUGAAGUGGUUCGAGGAUAGUCUUGAGCGUGGCAUGGUACUGGAAGAAACUCUCUAUCACCCUCUUCUACCUGAUGAGCAACAGGGCGCUGGUGCCUGGAAUCGAUCGCUGCCUACUCCGAAACCAAAAGUCACUAACAACGAAAACCCCUCAAAUCCUAGACCGAGAAAGCUUCGGAGGAUUGCAAGUGCUAAGCUGGGUGACCAGAAUGAAGGCAUCUGGGGCGAUAUUGUCGGUACGGGUUUCGACAGCAGCGAUCCGAGGCCAUCUAGAGAAAGUCUGCAGAGGACCCAGUCUUUGACAAAGAGGCCCUCUAUUUUGCAGGAGUCACGCUCAUUUGCGAGCGAGACUACCUUUGCAGAACCUCAGGAGCCCCUUCAACCGCCCCCGCCCCCGCCCCCUCCAGCUGCAGAGCGUCGCGAGGGUUUUUUGGGCAAUUGUUUCUUUUUCAUUCAUGGGUUCUCCUCUAAACAGACCAACGUAUUGCGAGAUCACCUUUCUUUCAAUGGUGCAGAGCUGGUGAGCUCCUUGAGCGAGUUCUCUAGACCAGACAUACCCAAAAGGGGCCAUGGCCUCUACACCAUCGUGCCCUACAAGAUGCCCCGCGCACAGGUCCCAUCCACGGAUGACUUGGCGUUCGAAUGCGAGGUGGUAACCGACAUGUGGUUGGAAAGAUGUCUCGAUGCGAAGACGCUGGUACCGCCAGAAUCCCACACAGCAAACACCCCGAUCCCUUCUUUCCCGAUCAAAGGAUUCGCGGGACUGAAGGUCUGCUCUACUGGCUUCUCCCGAAUCGACCUUCUCCAUCUAUCAAAACUCGUCAACCUCGUUGGUGCCACCUACCACGAGUACUUGACACCCAGCGCCUCCGUCCUCAUAUGCAACGACUCCGGCCCCGUGAACCCGGAGAAGCUGCGGCAUACCCAAGAAUGGGGAGUACCUGCUGUAUCUGCGGACUGGCUCUGGUCCUCCAUCCGCAACGAACAGAAACAACCAGUCGACCAAUACCUAAUUCAAAACCAACCCACACAGAGCAGAAAGUCUCUGGAACCGCGAGCCGGUUCUCGCCCAGAGCAGAAGCAACCCCCCAAUAGUAACGAGCCCCCACGUCCCAGACACGAGCAUGAGCACGAGAAACAAAAAUCAAGCAAUGCACAACCACCAGACACAUCCUCAUCAGACCCCAACCCCACAACCAAACCACCCCCAGUCCCGACCAACACAACCACCACCUCCCCCCUCAAGCGCAAACCCACCGACGAACACCCCUCAACCACAACCACAACCACCCAAUCCGCCCUCAACCAAGCCGUAACCAGCCUACUCAAAAACGCCCGACCAGCCCAACCUUCCGAACCCAGCACCGGCUCGGACGACCGCCAACGACCUCAACGAGGCCGAAGACCGCUCCUGGGCCGGGCCCCCUCCUCCCUCGACCACCCUAAGCACUUCUCUUUCUCCCGCGCCAGCUCAAUCGACACCCUCAACGAAGACGGCUGCGGCAGCGCCGUCGAGUCCACCACCACGACCGCCACCAACUCUCGCAUCCCUUCGCUGUCUCAUACCCACAGCAACCAAUACGAGUACCAGUACCCGGAGCGUAACGGCACCCUCGAAGAAGAGGACGAGAACGAGGCCCCGCCCAUGACGCAGCUGGACUACGAGGACCCGGAUGCGGUAGCCAUGCGGGAGAAAUUUCUCCAAAAGGCCGGGAAGGUAGUCGAGAAGAAGAAGUCGAAUGAUGUGAUUGCGGAGGGGAGACUUGUUCCAGGGUUGGAGAAUGGGGCGUGGGGGACGGCGAGGAGAACCAGACAUGCGACUCGCGCGUUGGAUGAUCUCUGAUCAAACUAUGAUAUUUAUUCGAUCGGCAUGUGAGUUCUGUUGGGUAGAUAGAAUUAUAUAUGGAUGUGCGAGUUUUGUCCCUAAAGGAUAGUAAAGAGAUUAACCGGUGACGGGUAAAUUAUCUACCUUUGGGUUGUUUGGACAUUCAUAGGUCCAUUGUGUUCUGCUGUUGAGUGCAUACAUAGCAUAGCAUAGCG